GUUUCUCACUAACCCCAAGGGCUACCCGCCAGUCCUCUUGGCCUCACACGCUACUUGUCCCAAGCGCACACCCGAGAGCAGCUCGUUGAACGAGGAGGCACGGUCUGAAGAGACUUAAGCCCCACGGUGAACGCUAGAAGGAAAAGCCGAGCGCCGCUGGGCGUGGGAUGCCGGUUCAAGCCCUGGAUGCAGUGGGGCUGGCGGAGCGCCACGUUUAGUCCCCAGGAGCCGCUGCGUCCUGCAUCCAUCCCACCCUCCCGUGGGCCCGCCCCUCAAGCCCCGCCCUCCCUUAGCGGCCUGAAACCCCGGCUGAAGGUCCCGCCCCUUGGUCUCUUCCAUUCCCCCGCCCCCUCGUCCCUCAAGCCCCGCCCUCCUCAGAGACCCGCGUUGCGGCCCCGCCCCUGAGGCCCCGCCCCCUCAGGUUCCGCUCUCCUCGCCUUCUGAAAACCCGGUGGAGGCCCCGCCCCCGGCGGAGGCCCCGCCCCGUGCCCAUCCGCGCCUGUGGCUCCCUGCUGAUCUCUCCUGAGUCCGGCGGCCCGGGGUGUCGGCUUUCCGCCGCGGGCGGCCGGCGCUGCGCUCCCUAGCUUCCCCCCCCACCUCGGCCCCUCCCUCGAUCGCUGUGGUCGGGUAGCUCCUGGCGGGCGGCCUGCGGGCGGGCCGCCCUCUCGGCCGUAGCCCACCCCCUCUUAAAGCCGCGGCGGGAAGAUGAGGUUUCGGGAACCGCUCCUGGGCGGCAGCGCCGCGAUGCCGGGCGCGACCCUACAGCGGGCCUGCCUCCUGCUCGUGGCCGUCUGCGCGCUGCACCUCGGCGUCACCCUGGUCUACUACCUCUCGGGCCGCGACCUGAGCCGCCUGCCCCAGCUGGUGGGAGUUUCCCCGCCACUUCAGGGCGGCACGAGCGGCGGCGCCGCCGCCAGCAAGCAGCCCUCGGGAGAGCUCCGGCCUCGGGGCGCGCGACCGCCGCCUCCUUUAGGAGUCUCCUCGAAGCCUCGGCCGGGUCCCGACACCAGCCCUGGUGCGGCUUUUGACCCCGGCCUGAAGAGCAACUUGACUUCGGUCCCAGUGCCCCCUACCACUGCGCUGUUGUCGCUACCCGCUUGCCCGGAGGAGUCCCCGCUGCUCGUUGGCCCCAUGGCGAUUGAAUUUGAUAUUACUGUGGAUCUGGAGCUUUUGGCAAAGAAGAACCCAGAGGUAAAGAUGGGCGGUCGUUACUCCCCCAAGGACUGUAUUUCUCCUCACAAGGUGGCCAUCAUUAUCCCAUUCCGCAACCGGCAGGAGCACCUCAAAUACUGGCUGUAUUAUUUGCACCCGGUCCUACAGCGCCAGCAACUGGACUAUGGCAUCUACGUCAUCAACCAGGCUGGAGACACCAUGUUCAAUCGAGCUAAGCUCCUCAACAUUGGCUUUCAAGAGGCCUUGAAGGACUAUGACUACAACUGCUUCGUGUUCAGUGAUGUGGACCUCAUUCCGAUGGACGACCAUAAUGCCUACAGGUGUUUUCCGCAGCCACGGCACAUUUCUGUUGCCAUGGACAAGUUUGGGUUUAGCCUGCCGUAUGUUCAGUAUUUUGGAGGUGUCUCUGCUCUCAGUAAACAACAGUUUCUUGCCAUCAAUGGAUUUCCUAAUAAUUAUUGGGGCUGGGGAGGAGAAGACGAUGACAUUUUUAACAGAAUAGUUCAUAAAGGCAUGUCUAUAUCACGCCCAAAUGCUGUAGUUGGAAGGUGUCGCAUGAUACGACACUCAAGAGACAAGAAAAAUGAGCCCAAUCCUCAGAGGUUUGACCGGAUUGCGCACACAAAGGAAACUAUGCGCUUUGAUGGUUUGAACUCACUUGCCUACAAGGUGUUGACAGUACAAAGAGACCCAUUAUAUACCAAAAUCACAGUGGACAUCGGGACACCAAGAUAGCAGUUUGGAACAAAUAAGAGACCUUAAAAUGGCCAGGGACCUCCAGUGUGUGUCUCUGCCCGUCGACUGGGCUGGUCCCUCUCAUUUGUUACAGUCUGAAUGGUAGUUUUCCUUGCUAUCAUUCAGACACCUUUCCAGAUGCCCAGGGUGAAUGUAACAUUUGCUCCCAGCCUGGCUCGGCACUGGAUGAAAUUCUACAAGGUGUUUAUCAGUGUAAAAAUGGUCAGCCUUUGGAGGCUUCUUGGACAUGUCCAUCGUGUGGUCUCCAAAGAGGCAGAACUGUACACAGAUCAAAACGUAGUGACUGUGAGUCACAUUCCCACUGCUGAGACUGCUAGAUUAUGAAAUGGGUAAGAACUUUGCUUUAAUCAGUGAUGUCUAUACUUCAUGACAAAUUGGAGACUGCUGCUGGAUUCAGAUUGAUGUGAUAAUCUUGAAUUUUUAAUACAAAAAAAAAAUCAAAAUUUCAAUCAGUCUCAUGUUCUGUCCCUGUCCUAUGUCCUCUCAUUGUAUGCAACUAUUACAAUCACGGUGUGUGUGUGCUUUCUUAGCAAAAAAAUUUUAAAACUUGAGCCUGGAGCUUGGUACUCUGUUAGUGUGUGGAUUCCAAGGCUUGCACUCAGAGCAGGAGCUUGGGUACUCCCACUCACAUGACCUGUCUCCAGAUCCCUGUCUGAUUUCUGAAUGUAAAGUUUUGUUUUGGGGGGGGUUGUUUAUUUGUUUGUUUUUUAAGAAGCAGUUUGUAGUGUUUUAAAGAAUAAAUCGAGUGCUUCUAAUUAUGCUAUAGCUUGAUUUUAUGUUGAUCCAAAUUGGAAUAGCUAUUGAGUGUUAAGUCAUGACAAUUUAUUUUUCUAGGCAUGCUAUGUAAACUUGAAUUUCCUAUGUAUUUUUCUUGUGGUAUUUUAAAUGUGGGGAAGGGAUUGAUUAUUUUUUAGGGAGAAAAAUAAUGUAUGCUGUAGUGGUCACAAAUGAGCCUCUGAUUUGGCUGGCAGGCCAGGUUUUACAAAGAGCAAAAUUACCCUCAGGCCCCUUGAUGAGGGCAAAGCAUACAGGUCAGCAUUAUCCUGCCAGACCUCCGGGUCAGGAACUCAGGAGACAGCAUCUGCCUCCCUGGCAGAACUCUCCCUCCUCUCCCCCAGGGGGGCCGGGUGGAGGGGCCCUCAGCCUCCUAGAACUGACCCCUCAGGCCCUGGCUGUGGGGUUGAAAAUCUCAGCAGUCCUUGUUUACCAUCCCUCAGCCUAGUACCACACUCCCUGACCCACCAAAGUCGCAGUUCUCUCCUUCCUCCUGCUCUUCCUUCUCCCUUUUCACACCUUUGCUUUCUCCCCCAAAAUGUCCUGGGGCACUCAGGGUCAGACUGCAUUCUCCAGCAUGAUUGUGCCUUUUAAUUAGAGGUCUAGAAAGUUCCCCGGAACCCACACCCUGCUCUUCCUGAGAAUCCUGGUGCCGAUAAAGCCCCUCAUCGCCACUCAGGGUUUUAGCAGGUGCUCCCGUUCCUCCAUCUAACCCACGGGGUCAUUCACAAACUCACUUGUGCUGAUGUACAAUGCCGGGGUGACUCACCUGUGCUGAUGUACAGUGCCGGGGUGACUCACCUGUGCUGAUGUACAGUGCCGGGGUGACUCACCUGUGCUGAUGUACAGUGCCGGGGUGACUCACCUGUGCUGAUGUGCAGUGCUGGGGUAACUCUCCUGUGCUGAUGUACAGUGCCUGGGGUGACUCACCUGUGCUGAUGUACAGUGCUGGGGUGACUCACCUGUGCUGAUGUACAGUGCUGGGGUGUGAGAUAACCCGAAGCAUUUAGACCAUCAGGCUGGGAGGGCUUGUAAAGUGCAGCCUGGGUAGAGGUCCUAAGAUUACAGUCUGGUCUCCAGCUGAGUGUAGAUGCUGAGCAGAGGGAUGGCCCUCAUCUUACCUGUGCCUUUAUUGCUUUGAGCAUCACAGUGUCUAACUUGCUGCUUUUUCCAGAAGCUUCUUUUAAUGUGUGGGUUAGAAACUAUUAUCCCAGCCAAAGCAGGCAGGCUGUGUAAGGUCUGUGCUCUCUCAAUUCCCCGUGCCUCUAGAAGGCCAUUAAAACGGAGACUGGCUUUGGGGAAACGGAGAGGACUUUUUUCCUGUCCCCAGAUCCUGACUUUUCCCAAGUGCCUUAAAGGAAGGGAGACAUGCUGAGUGGGGUCUUCUGUGUCACCUCCUUUACUCCUAAAGCGAAACUGCCUCUUCCCUGUGCUGGUCCUCCUGGCUUGGUUCAUUCUCAGAACCAAGGGGAAUGGUGUGGCCCGUCCCUCCACCUUCCAGCAUUCUCUGGGGCACCUCAGGCCCGGGGCACAACUAAGAGACAGUGGGGCCUGGGCAUUUGCCUGGCCCAGGAGAUGCCGUCCUCAGCAGCUUCCCUGGGGGCUGGAGGGUUGAGGAGUCGGGGAGCAUUUCCUUCACCUGGGGGCUCGGACCCCGGUGAAGGUCACGUGCUGUGCCUUUCUCUGUCUAUAAUUUUGCUGGUGACCUAUGUAGAGUGGCCUUUGGGAAAGAUCAGUGCCACAGGAAGGCAAAGGCAAUGCUGUGCUGGCCUUCAGCCUGGCAGGGUCUGCACUGGCCACUGGGCUGUUUUAGACACCUGUGAUGCUGUGUAUGUUUUGUGACAUCCCAUGUAUGCAAAUGUGUGUAUUUACCAAUGGGGCUGGGGCGGGGGUGGGGAGCUGUCUCUGACCUUGAUGUUCAGAACAGACAACUGUAUUUUUGCCUUUGAAAUGCAGUAAUAUAACAUGAAUAAAUGACCCUAUCUUUGUAA